UUCCCCGCUGGGGUUGCUUGCACCGUUGCUCUGUGUCUGCCGUGUCUCGUACCCCGUCACACCUGCCCUAUAGCUUCAGUGAGCAGCAGCUGUACAGAGCGUUUUCACCCUUUGGAAGCAUCAUCAGUGCCAAGUUGAUGAUGGAGGCCGGACGCAGCCGAGGCUUUGGAUUCGUCAGCUUCUCCACCCUCAACGAUGCGACCACGGCCGCGUCUGUCAUGAACGGGCGAGUGGUUGCCGGCAGGGCGUUGCGGGUCACUCUGUCUCGUCACUAUGAGCAGAAGACCCAGGCUGAGAAGCAGGACAGCAGCAGUGAAUCGCUUCCUGCUGGACGGUUUACGUCUGCUGUUCCUCAAGUUCAAAAACGCCUUGACGUUCAGCCUGAAAACCAGCUCGCGCUCCAGCCCGUCAGUCGACAGACAGCAGCGUGCGACCUCGCUCAGAGUGAGAGUCUCCGCCCACCGAUGCCUGUCGUCCUGUGGGAUGAUGUUCGUACUCGGCCUCAGCGCCUGCUGGUCUCUCAGGUGCUUCUGGAAUACCGGGUCAGUGCUCACGCAUCAUGCAUCUGAUCUCACUUCGACCACUUCUAGA